GCUCGCACGAAGUUUUUCAUUUCCCACAAUCCUUGCGAGUAACUAGAGCGAUGGACCUAUUCCGGCGUAAUCCCCUUCUGGAGGUGGCCAAGUGCGAGAUGUGUCCCAAGCCGGUGUACCACUUUGUGACCGGAUUGUGUGCCCGUUGCCUGACCAUUUGGGCCGGAAGAAAACAGCAGGACCCGAUGAGAAUCACCGUGGAUCAAUCGCGGGCACUUCUCGUAGGCAUGGUCCGGGAGCCCGAGGACCUAAGUCAAAUGGAUCCUGUUUUCCGGCGGGUUAUAGAGGAGACGCGGAUGCAGCGCACGCAGAAAGUGGAGCUGUUCCAAAAGGUUCGCCAGCAGUUCCAGCUCACCGUUCUCACCACUCCGUUUUACGACCCAUGUCCAAAAUAUGUCGUCAACGAGGAUUACUGGAAUGUCCCGGAAAUCGAAGAUAUGGAUGUAGUGAUGUUCCAAAACCAAAUUGACCUGUUGAGCGAUAUACCCCUGCAGUCUCAUGACGACCAUGACCAAAACAACAAUGGAUGUCCACCAAAAAAGAAAUUUAAGGAUGCUUAA